CAGAGGUCCUGUUUUGGCAGUCACUUGACCCAGUUGGUGGUCCUCGUUCGUGGACCAACUUCCUUCGAUUCCAUAAAUGUGCCAACGUUCGGGCGAGGUGCGGAACAUACAUAAAUACCUAAAUGAGCAAGGAGUGGCCUUCUAGUGGAGCUCCAGUUCCUGUUUCUACUCAGCGGCUUCUGCUAACCAAACCAUUUGUAUGGCUGCUGUUGCUACUGCUCCUGUGAUGCCAGUGUUGUGAUUUGUUGAGCGUCCUGUACCCACAACAACUACGAAAACAACGCCAUAAUGUUCUCCUGCUGCCGAGCGACGCCCCGGACCGGAAAGAAGGAAAAGAAGAGCAUCGAGGAUGCCGAGAAGAUUGAGGAGCCGACAAAGGACGAUAAGCAGGAGCCCCAGCUUAAUGGGAAGCAGGAGGUGCCGCCAGUCGAGGCUGAGCCAUCCAAGGAGCCGGAUAAUCCGCCGGACACUGCCAAACCGACUCUGGCUGAAGCACCAUCAGCAAUAGCACCACCACCACUACCACUACCAGUACCAGUUCCAGCUGCAGAAACUGGCAAAGAAACUGAAAUCGAAACUGUGGCCCGAUCGACGCACUCUUCCACUUCCACUGCACCGCCCACCUCGAUGACCAGCGCCGUAGCCGAGGAGGAGGGACACCAUGUGACAGUGGCAGAAAUAACACCCACCUCCCAGCCACCACCAACCAAAAGCUGCCUCUCCCGACACAACUCCACCCAUCAGUCAAUUAAGAAGAAGGUCAACAUCAGCAACCGGGCGGAGAUAAUUGAGCCGGAGGAUCCCCUGCCCCUGCUGGUACUGGCCAGCCAGAAUCAGGGCUCUCUGCUGGACGACGACGAGGUGUUCUCGGACUCACUACCUCCGCCCAAGCGGGAGAGCAUGUGUGCACCAUAUAUCGAGGGGGAUCUUGUCUCGGAGACGGUGGCGUUCGUCCAUGGACUGCCCGCUUGGUUCGACGAUGAGCGCCUGAAUGAGAUCGGCUGUAUCGAACCGCCGGUGACGCCGGUCGGACGCGACGAACUGGAGCUGAAGCGCCAGCGCCUCUACACGGAGCUCCUCCGAGCAGCCCACGCAGCUGUGGAGCACAGCGUGGCCGUGCGGGAUAACGUGCCGGAAGCCAAGCCCACGACCGAGCACUUGGAAAGCAUUUGCGAACGUCUAGAGAACCUCGUCGACCGCUUGGAACGGACUCUAGCAGCGCCCCAUCCGCAGUCGCAACCACCGACGCCCAUUCUCCCGCCCCCGCCAGUCGAAGUAGAAGACGUUCUUCCACCAACAGCUGAAGCAGAAACACCACCACCACCAACACCUCCUCCACCACCAAGCAGCAGCAGCAUGAGUGUCCCAGGAUUCGAGGAUAUUGUGGCGGGUCCACUGAGCCAGUAUCUGUCGCUAUCCGCCAAAAUUGGCGGCGAUGUGGCCCAGCAUGCCGAGCUCGUGAAGAGCGCCUUCGGUUCCCAGCUGCAGUAUGUGACGCUGGCCACCCAAAUCGCCCAGCCGGUCCAGCCCAAGCAGGCCGAGCUGCUGAAGCCAACCUCCACGCAGAUCAGCGCCAUCCAGGACUUCCGCGAGAAGCAUCGCUCCUCGCCCUUCUUCAACCACCUGUCGGCCAUCAGCGAGAGCAUUCCCGCUCUUGGAUGGGUGUGCGUGGAGAAGACCCCUGGUCCGUAUGUCAAGGAGAUGAAUGACGCCGGCCAGUUCUACACGAACCGUGUUCUCAAGGAGUGGAAGGAGAAGGACGCCACGCAUGUGGAGUGGGCUCGCUCCUGGAUCCAGACCCUGACCGAGCUGCAGGCCUACAUCCGGCAGUAUCACACCACUGGCUUGGUGUGGUCCGGCAAGGGGGCUGCCCCUGCUGGCGGUGCUCCGCCACCACCACCACCCGGUGGUCUGCCCCCACCGCCGCCACCACUGGAUCUGAAUGCCCUUAAGCUGGACAGUGCCGGGGAUGAUCGUAGUGCUCUGUUCGCCCAAAUCAACCAGGGUGCCGACAUCACCAAGAACUUAAAGAAGGUAACUGGGGACAUGCAGACCCACAAGAAUCCCUCUUUGCGCUCCGGCCCUGCUCCCUUCAAGGCACCAGCUCAGUAUGGCUCGGCUGCUCCAGUCGCCGCUGCCGCUGCCGCUAAGGAGCCGGUGUUCACCCGCGACGGCAAGAAGUGGAUUAUCGAGUACCAGAAGAACAACACUGGCCUGCUGGUCGAGAAUGCCGAGAUGAACAACGUGGUGUAUGUGUUCCGCUGCGAGGGCUCCACGCUGACUGUCAAGGGCAAGGUGAACAACAUCGUGCUGGACUCGUGCAAGAAAUGUUCUCUGCUGUUCGACUCUGUGGUGGCCUCCGUGGAGUUCGUGAACUGCCAGAGCGUUCAGAUGCAAGUGCUCGGCUCAGUGCCGACUGUGUCCAUCGACAAGACCGACGGCUGCCAGAUGUAUCUCUCCAAGGACUCACUGGGCGUUGAGAUUGUCAACUCCAAGUCCUCCGAGAUGAACAUCCUCUUGCCCCAGGACAAUGGCGAUUAUACCGAGUUGGCUUUACCGGAGCAGUAUAAGACCACCAUUGCUGGCAAGACCCUCAAGACUGUGUGCGUGGACAGCCUCGGCUAAAGUGGUUCCCCUGGCAUGGGAUUGGAUCUGUUGCUUUUCCAACUAACAUUAACAUCUGUAGCAGCAUUAGCCAGUUAGUCAGUCAGUCAGCAAUCGUAAUUGUAUUUAGGCUUAAGCGCAAAGUUUUCGUAAUUCAGAUAUUUUGAGAUCAAACUUUUCGUACCCGAGUAGUAGCGAUUGUAAUGAGGAUGUUGCCAAACCACGCUAUCCUGGCUAGUGGCUAGAAAGUAUUUAUAUAAUUUAUUUCGAUGGAAAAGCGAUGAAAUCAAAAACAAAACUGAACCCAAUGUAUUUAUGUCGAGAGUGUGUAACGAACCUGAGCACGAAAUUCGAAACUUUUUUUAAGCAGACUCUUCACUCGAUCAUCAGAAGCAACUCCUUUUUAUAUUUCUAUUUAAAUAAAAAUUUAAACAUUUUUUAUCAGAUAAAAGUUGGAUUAACUAAAUCCUUCA